AUGUAUGCUGCUGUCUCCCUUCUCCUAUUGACCACCUGCCUGCCCUCAGGAUGGAUGGUGAAGCAGAAGGCCCUGGAUGACUACGUCAAGCAGCAUGACCCUCACUACAGUUACACCCUCAAGAACAAGGAGGACAGGCCAGAUGUCACCAUCUAUACCCUCAACAUGACCUCUCUGAAGUGGCUGGAUGAUUCUGAAGUGGAUGCAACAGUUUGGUGGCAUGAACUGAUCAUUGUUGUCCCCACAAACCCCAAAAUGACGAGCGCCUGUUUGCUGAUGAUUGGGAAUGGAAGAAAUGAUGAUGUCCCUCAACCCAUGGACUUAAGCGUUGAAGAAGCCAUUAUGACAGCAAAAUCUGCUGGGUUUUGCACAGCUAUUUUGAGGCAGAUCCCAAACCAGCCAGUUACCUACCAUAAAAUCUCUAUGCAAAAAUGCAAGAAUGGCAUUGAAGAUUAUGCCGUUUUUUGUUCAUGGCGGAAGUUCAUAAUUGACAAGAUGGCACAGCCAGAUGUGCUGAUUCAGUUCCCAAUGGUCAAGGCCACUGUGCGAGCCAUGGACACCAUAACAGCAUUCUUACAGAAAGAAUCUGCUGGAAAGAUGAACAUUGCCAAGUUCAUGUUGACAGGUGGUUCCAAGCGUGGCUGGACUAGCUGGCUUGCGGCAGCCGUGGAUGAAAGAGUUGUGUCCUUUGCUCCAAUUGUAUUUGAUCUUUUGAAUAUCAUUAAGAGCUGGCAUCAUCAAUACCGAGCGUACUGUGGCUGGACAUUUGCAUGGCGGCACAUACAUGAACUGAAAAUUACUCGGAGGUUGGACACUCCACGGUUCAAGAUAUUAACUUCGCAUGUUGAUCCACUUGCAUAUAACGAACGAUACUUAAACAAGCCCAAGUAUCUAAUCAUAGCAGCAGGAGAUGAAUUCUUCCCUCUCGACGAUUCCCACUAUUUCUUCAAUGAGCUAUCAGGAGCAAAAUAUUUCCGGGCCACCCCAAACAACGAUCACUUGAUGACACGGGACCCAUCGAUAAAAGUAUCGAUUGCAAUGUCGGUUAUAAGCUUUUUUCUUAGCACCAUUUUGAAUCUGAAAAUGCCCCAAAUUUCCUGGAAGAGAACCGAGACAAAAGCUGCAGGCGUUAUCGAGCUCUACACAGAUACGGAGCCUUCAGCAGUUAAAUGUUUCUUUUCUAACACUUUAGACGCUGAAAGGCGAGACUUCAGACUGUUGGUAGCUCCUGGUCCUUCAGGUGUUUCACAACCCAUAUCUUGGCUUCCCUGCAAGGUUGAGAAAGUGAAAACGGGUGUUUAUAAGGCAGAAGAGGAACAGCCACAAUCAGGAUGGAAGGCUUUCUUUAUUGAGGCCACCUUCCCAGGACCUGGGACCAUUGAUUUUGUGUUAAGUUCUGAGGUUCAUAUAAUUCCAGACACUUUCCCAUGUCUAGGCUGCUCCGGAAAGAAAUGCAAGGGGAAGGUGGUAUUACACUCACCAAGGACGCUAUGGCUCCUGCUGCUGAAGUCAUUCAUGAGUGUAAACACGAGAGGCACUCAGAAAACCAUGCAGAGGAGUCAGGCUACUGCCGCUACUCAAACUGCACGAGAUGAGGCUUCAAAGGGGCAGCAGAUGCGGGAGCAUGUGAAUUCCAUGCUGGAAUUCGUGGAGCAGCUGAAAGGCAAUAAUUCUGCAGCGCAGCCCUAUUGCUGCACAGUCUUGCUGAAUCAUACAGGGCCCUGA